UCAAUCAAAUUACAGUCUCACCUGACUAUCCACUGCUGCUAUGGCUUCCAUUCUGUUUCCGCCUACCCGGAUGAGACUAAACACCACCCUAACUUUACCCGCUUCACCAUCUUGCCGGAGGCUAUCUCCGCCCACCACUUUUCUUUCUCCAUUCGUUGGAGGCAGCGUCUCCGGCGACUUUGCCGGUCUCAGGAUCCGACCCGCUUCCCUUAUUGAUAACUCCUCUAAUUCCACCUCCAGAGGGAAACGUGGCGUUGUUACUAUGGUAAUCCCUUUCUCCAGAGGAAGUGCUUGGGAGCAACCUCCACCAGAUUUAGCGUCAUACUUGUACAAGAACCGCAUUGUGUAUUUGGGGAUGUCUCUAGUUCCUUCUGUCACUGAACUGAUACUUGCUGAAUUCCUUUACCUACAAUAUGAAGAUGAGGAAAAACCAAUAUAUCUUUACGUAAAUUCCACUGGGACGACCAAGGGUGGUGAGAAGUUGGGCUAUGAGACAGAAGCAUUCGCAAUAUAUGAUGUUAUGAGAUAUGUGAAACCACCAAUUUUUACGCUAUGUGUCGGCAAUGCAUGGGGAGAAGCUGCACUUCUACUGGCUGCUGGUGCAAAGGGGAAUCGAUCUGCCUUACCCUCAUCAACAAUAAUGAUCAAGCAGCCAAUUGCCAGGUUUCAGGGUCAAGCAACAGAUGUAGAGCUUAUGAGGAAAGAAGUUAGAAAUGUGAAGGCUGAGUUGGUCAAACUCUACGCGAAACACGUUGGAAAAUCACCUGAGGAGAUUGAAGAAGACAUAAGGCGUCCAAAAUAUUUUAGUCCUAGUGAGGCUGUUGAAUAUGGAAUCAUCGAUAAGGUUCUGUACAAUGAGAGGAGUAAUGAAGACAGAGGAGUUCUGUCAGAUCUUAAGAAAGCUCAACUUAUUUGAAGUGUUUUUGGUCGGGCCAGAGUAGCAGGAUACCGAUUUCAGGGAUGCCACACCAUUCGGAUUUUAGGGCAAGCAAAACAGGGGUGGCUGGGGUGGAUGCCAGACCGUUCGGAUUCGUGAGACAAUCAAAGCCACGUACUUCUUGCCGGAUUCUAAAUUUAAAUUGUCUACUUUUAAAAAAAAAUUAGUGUAAUACGGAUAACCUUUUUAUUAAUAAAAUUUCGAUCGAUCAAUUUUUAUA